GUCGCCUUCCUCGAAGGUACUUGUUGCUGCACUCACACUCACCUGGCUACUACAUCUACCACCUCCUCCACCACCAAAUCCCACCCCUUUUUUGACUUUUGCUCUACGCAAACACAAGAGACAACGACACACAAAGACUCCCGGGUGGAACUGGAUGCCUUUGUCAUCUGCUGCUGCACCGCGCUUCGCAUCGCAUCGCAUAGCAGCCCAGCGUACCGAAUCGUGCAUCCAUCCCUCCCUCUCCAACAUUCCCCAAAUCCGUCGACCACAGCAGCGGUAGCUCUGGAUCUAGGCCCAUAGGUGACCUCACCACCCGCCACCUCGCGGACACGACCACAACCACGGCCAACUCCUCCUCCUGCCAAAACCCACGGCCUGUCUGCCUGCCUGCCUGCCUGCCUGCCUGCAAAGUGGGCAUUCUCCUCAAACGGCUUCUUUUUGCCCACCUUGAGGCGGCGUGGAUAUCUGGGUAUCCAGACUGGACCCUCCUGCACCUCCCUCCCACCACUUCAUUGGCCCAGAGCAGCAGUUGCUGUCGCAGGCAAACUGGGUACGGCUCGGUACGAUCGACGCGAGACACGCUGGUCUACAACGAGGAAUCAGGAUCGGCCACGAUACAUGUGCCCCGGCCACUCACAGCUGCAGUCAAUCAUGAUUGAUCCGCCUCGACACAUCACUACCUAUCCAGCGAGUUGAGACAUAACGACACUUUAUCCCAGCCCGCAUUCCUCACCUCUACCUGCCCUACCCUGUCCUUCGGGGCUCCCACGGAUGCCAUUUUGCACCCACCGACAACCACUGUCGUCAAGAUGGACACGACAGCCACCAGCGCGGCCGAUUCUGCGGGUGACAAUUCGCAUGUGCCACCUCGCUUCAACCGCGAGCCCUCGAGCGUUUCCACGGUGAAGGGCGAGACCACCACUUUGCCCUCUCAGCCAGCAACGCAGACAUCGACUUCUAAACCCUCGCCGCUGGCCUCUCGUGAGACCUCUCCUGGCCGCCAGUCCAUACGCCCGGCGGCUUCCAGGAAUGCCUCUGCGGCUGGCAGCACGAGAUCCCGCAAGAGCAGCUCGCAGGAAACCAGCCCACAAAGAACCCACUCGAAAACACGAGCCCCAAGUGCCUCGGCUACUGGCAAGAUAUCUUCUUCCACAACGCCGAGCCUGGGCCCGGUCAACACCGAUGCGAACCCCCGUGUCAAUGCUCCUCAAAGAUCGCCCGUCACCGCCGAGCACUUGAAAGAAAGCCCACGCUGGCCGGUCUCUCCACGGCUUCGAUCUCCACCCCCGACCGCCCUGCUGAAUCGUCCUAAUUUUCCUCCGCCACCACGCAAGGGUGAAUUGGAAGCACCCGCGAUUCAGGUCCAGCGCUCAUCACCUCCACCGCCACCUCCACAGCAACAAGAAUCGAGCCAAAGCGAUCACGACGCUGACGAAGCCCAUCUGCAGCCUGGUACGAGGACACCCGCGCGCGGUGCCAGCGGCAGCGGCAGCGGUAGUAACAGUCAGACGGCACUGGAGACGGUAGAAGAGGUUAGCCCCUUGGCAUCGCCACAGGAAGCCGAGGGCGUGAUGGAGAAGGCGGACGAACUCACCGCCUCGGAGGCUGGGUCACAAGCCGACAAUCUUGAAUUUGAAAAGUCUCAGGCACCCUCGACCACCAACGACAGCAGUAGUGAUAGCGGAGGUGAUAAGAGCGACAGGAGACAUGCGGCCACCGGCUUGCCCCCGACCCUGAAGUCCCGACAAUCCAGCGCGUCAACCAAGAAAUCGAAGCCCUCGGAAGGAUCUGUACAACACAUGACCGUGGAAACUGAGACAGUGACCUCGAUACCACAACACUCACUUGCCCCUGUGGCUGUCAAAGAGGGGACGAGUGGCACCCUGAGGGCAAAGCAAAGCUCGGAGACGAUACGGCCCAAGAAAGAGAAGAAGCGGCCGAGUAGGAAACAGCCAAAUAUUGGAACUGGCACGGCGUCGUCCAAGGCAGAUAUCUUCGAAGCAAAGAUCGCCAGUGCUGUUGACGAGGCUGAUUCCUCGGACUCUGAGGAGACCUUUGUUUACGAUUCUAACCCCCCAGACACUAAUGAUCGGCCGAGGCGGUUCCACUCGAGAACUCCAAGUGCGACCUCAAUGGUCAGCCAGGUUGACAGGAACGGUCUGCGCUCCAUCACCAACAUCAUGGACAACGCCGUCUCUAAUGCAGGGACCAAGAGGAACAUGAAAUUUGUCAACACUUUCAACAGCAGCGGGAACGAAAGUGCGAUGGCAGAAGACGACGGCAAGGGCACGGUCCGUAGUGCUGCCGGCUCGGCCCGGGGCACAGGUCGCGUCCAUCACCAUCAUCUAGGACGUUGGGGUCGCAACGGCACCAACGGUCAUACGUCCUUGUUUGACAACGAGGCCCCUUUCCACAUCAGUAACAUGACAGCCCAAAGGUCCAAAUUCUCCACCAACAGUAACAGCUCGCGCCAGCCGUCCGGGCCACCAAGCCCGAGAUUCCUGAAUUCUGGCCGGCUGGCAUCCACUAGCAAAAGGGGUAUCCACGCGGUUAGCUAUGAUCUCGACGACACUACCGGCACCGGAGCCGAUGAUGAGAGGACACCUCUGCUUCACGGAUCAGUGCGUUCAGGCCGGUCGGCCAGAGCUCGUCGCGGCCAGCCCGUGUCGAUGCGUUCACUCGAAGGUCAAACCUAUCGCAGGAACCCUUCCGUGCUGAACAGGUUCGCCAGCUGCCUCGUGCUCACCGUCAUGCUCCUACUUGUUGUGUCUGGAGCCAUCGGCUUCAUGUUCGCAACCUCCCAGCCUCUGACCGACGUUGAGCUCAUUGCCAUCAAGAGCGUUGUUGCCGCAGAGCAGGAACUGAUCUUCGACAUCGAAGUCAAGGCUCACAACCCUAACGUGGUCGUAGUCUCGAUUGAUCAGGCAGACAUCGAGGUAUUUGCAAAGUCGCCGCACGCGGGCGCCGACUCGGGCGGGUGGCACAGGCCAGAUGAUCACCAAGGCUCCGAUUCAAGGUGGUACUCGAACAACGGCAAAGCGCACGCAGGGGAGGAUUUCGACGGCCCAGUCAAUGAAAAGGCUCCUAAUAUGAGACUGGGGACCAUUGGUCAACUCGACAGCCCACUCUCAUUUGAGGGAUCUUUCUUCAACCACGGAUACUCUGGUUCCACUGGUGAGGUCAGGCUGCGUGGGCCAGGUAAUGGUACGGCUGGCGGUGUGGAGCGGUGGGAAAGAAUUUUGCAAGACGAAUUCGACCUUCUCGUCAAGGGUGUUCUCAAAUACUCACUACCCCUCAGCCAGCACGUUAGAAGCGCUGCCAUCUCAGGGCGUACCACGAUCAAGCCGAAUGCUGCGAAUGACCCUACCGGGAACAGGACGGAACCCAUUACGAAACCAAAUAAACCGGAGUGACAAAGCAAGACGCAAGUGGGCGCGUCUGGGACAGGAGAAAGUGACGAAUAAUUGUACAUCGUGGAUUUGUCUCAGAACGCGGGCGAGCUGGCGGUCGGGCGGCAAAGAAUCUCGGCAUCACCGGACUCAGGACACCACUAACGUGGAUUUGAUUUUCUAUGUCUCAAAUACCCAACACCAGCCGAGGCACUUUCGGCAAUCCUUUCAUCUUGUUCUUUACUGUAUUUUCAGCGUUGCAUGGGACGGCAUUGCAUUUCAGUCUUGGGAAUGAUGGCGAGGCGUUUUGACAUGGCCAAGCAGAAAUGGUCAACAGAAAAGUUUUGCGGAGCAACUCAUAGCCGAGCAUAAAAGCUUUGAAGGGCAUAACAGAAGCGACAGGGGGGCCAAAGAGCACUGGAACCAUUACAAUCUUACAACAUUCAGAAGUCAAGGGACAAAACUGAGCGAUGCAAAUCGUGGGCAUUGUUCUCCUUGUUUGUCUUAUUAAGGGCCCGGACCAUCGGAGGACGAUGGAACAGUGUGAGAUAGGCUGGAUAGAAAUGGCAAGGGAAUAAAAGCCAGGUCUGGCUGCAUCACA